AGUGUAUCAGCACCUUUUAGUUCCUCACCGUGUAGAAGGAAUGAACCCACGAUGGCACAGACCAGUGCUUUGGCUGAGGGCGUGAGAGGACACGAGCUCGUCACCAGACCAGACGUUCUAACAGGAACCAAAAGUGAAACGUGCGGACGCGCAUUAGUGCAGCCUCGUCUUCUUCACUGGCUUCAGGUGAUGGGACGGUCCACUGGAGCCCGGGUCAGAACCUCGGCGCUGCUCGUCUGCCUGCUGCUCAUGGGCCUCAGUGCAGCCCAGUCCAAGCUGCUGGUUCCGUCCCGGCCGGUGGUGGUGCCGCCCGGCAGCGACGUCACUCUGCCUUGUGGCCUGGACUCCGCUGUGGACGUGACGGCCGAGACGCUGGAGUGGACCCGGCCCGACCUGAGCCCCAGGUUCGUGCUCGUGUGGCGUUCAGGGCAGGAGUUCGUCAACAUUAAGAACCCGGCGUUCGCCGGGCGGACGGCGCUGUUCGCUGACGAGCUGAAGACGGGAAACCUUUCCCUGAAGCUGUCGUCCGUGGCUGUGGCUGAUGAGGGCACCUACAAAUGCUUCGUUCCUGAUAAGAGUGAAGAGGCCUUUGUGGAGCUGAUCGUCGCUGUUGCUGCGUCGCCCGUCGUCAGUUUAUCAGGACUCGACAGAGACAGAGGUGGAGUGGUGCUGGAGUGUAGGAGUGGAGGCUGGUUCCCAGAGCCUGAGCUGCUGUGGCUGGACGCUGAGGGAAAGCUCCUCUCUGCUGGACCUACAGAGACAGUCAGAGGUUCUGAUGACCUCUAUACUGUCAGCAGCAGAGUGACUGUGGACAAGAGACACAGCAGCAGAUACACAUGCAGAGUCCAGCAGACCUCCAGCAGACAGAAAACAGAGGCUCACAUACACGUUCCAGAUGAUUUCUUUAACUUUCCAUCUGCAUCCUCUGCUGCUACAGUUGGUUUAUCCAUCACUUUGGCUGUUUGCACUGUGAUUUUUCUUCUGUUGUUUUUGUUGAAGAUAAAAAACAUCAUCAACUGCCAAAGACAUUGGAGGGAUGGAAAUGAUAGGGAAAGGAAGACGCUCAUGACGAACAAGCAGAUGAGGGAGGAAGCAGAGGAGAGAGAAAAGACCCUAAGAGCACAGAUUAAUGCGAAGAAGAGAGAGGUUGAACAGCAACAAACUGAGCUGCAUCAGCUACAAGCAGAGAAGAAGAAGAAAGAAACUAAUCUGCUCAGUCUAAAGCAAAAGGAGGAGAACGUGAUCAAGGAGCUUCAAACAAUCAGAGCCGCAAAGACUCAUGUCUUUAGUAAAGUUUUUACCAAGGAUGAAUAUAAUAAUAAGAAGAGGCAAAAGAAAGCAGAACUGGAGAAACUGAAGGAAGAAGUGGAGAUUGUCGAGAACCAGCUCCAGGAUCAAAUCAAUAAGGUUUUAAUCAAACAAAAUGAAGUGAUCAGUCUACUUCAGGAUGCAAUUGAAUCGAAUGAGAUUCUGGUGGGAGGUCAAGAAAUCAACAGCACUGAGAUCAAGAAUCAGACAUAUAACCAGCUCCAGGAGCAGCAGAGAAAAGAAGAGAGAGAAGCUGAGAAGGGAGUAAAAACCCUGGAAGAGAAGCUGGAAACCAAGAACAAAGAGGUUGAACAGAAACAAACAGAGCUGCAGCAGCUACAGGAGGACAUAAAGAACAGAGAGAAGAUUGUGGAAAGUGUGAAGACAGGGCUGGAAAAGACAAAGGAGCCACAACAAACAGAAGCUCUGCUGAACGAUCUGGAGAAGAAGGAGCUGCUGUUACAGAGCACAGUCAAAGAGUUUGAAAACAAACAAACUGAACUGAGGCUACUUCAGGAAAUGAUUGAGAUCAUUAAAGGAAGCCUGCAGAUGAUGGAACGCCAACAAAGCAACAACGUGAGAAACGGGAAACAGAGAAGAGAACAACCUGCAGAUAAUGAAGAACAAGCUGCAGAACACAAACAAGCCAACAACGUUAAGACAGGAAGUGUACUGAGUCAUAGCAGCACACAACAAGCAGACGAUUUGCUGAACAUUCUAGAGAAGAAGGAGCUGGUGUUACAGAUUACAACCAAAGAGUUUGAAAACAAACAAACUGAACUGAGGCUACUUCAGGAAAUGAUAGCGAUCAUUAAAGGAAGCCUGCAGAUGAUGGAACGCCAACAAAGCAACAACGUUAAGACUAAUAAGAAACAAAAUGAAGUAAAGCAGGACGGGAAACAGAGAAGAGAACAACCUGCAGAUAAUGAAGAACAAGCUGCAGAACACAAACAAAAAGAUCUCAACAUCAUCACACGUCACCGUGAAGAUGGAGGAAACACGGUUAAUGUGACCGUCUGAGGAACCAGUGGAACAACGUUGUCAUUUUGCCUGAUCCACUGACCUGCUGUCGUCCUGGAGAUAAACGGCAGCUCAGCUACUUCUGAACCACUUCUUUGCCCUCUGUGUCUGCAUGUGUCUAUGGAGAUGGACUUACUGUAUCGGUGGCGCUUGUAGAAGACUGGACACUGGUGAGGCAGUGCUCCAGGCUCACAUCAUUUACACCGUGACCACACAUUCCUGUAAAACCACGCUGGGACCCCCUCCUUCCAGCUCAGCUCCUCCUACAACAGGACGGCCCUCUCCUCAUACUGUCCCUGUGCAGACUGCCCUGAUACUGUAAGUCAGACUGGCUGAGAGAUGAUGGAUCACUUCAUCCACACUGAUCAGACUCUCCAGGCUCAUGCCUCAUUAUGGGAUGUUCAAAUAUAGUGGAGCAGGUUAAGCUGAGAAACAGUCUGUGUGAUGUUGGACUCUGGAGGGGACGUCUUCAUCAACUGAUAGUUGAAUCAACACUGACUCUGACCAGUGGCACUGGUGAAGAAAUGAAUAUGUGAAGGUCUGAUCUGGGGUCUGUUUGAGUGUUUGAGGAUGAACUGGAGCAACAAGAUUUACUUAAAAAAAAAAAAUAAUGUCACAGAUCAUCCAAAUGACUGAAAACAUCUGUUACCCAAAAGAACAUGAUGAUGUUCAUGAUGUUCUGGUAACUUUUGCAUUUGUAGCUGUGUUGAUUCUUCUGCUUCUCUUUUGAAAAAUAUUAUUGGUAAUGACCAUAAUGAAUGUUGAUCUGCAUUUACAUGUAUCAUGCAAUGAAUCGAGACCAAAGUGGGAGCUUCUAUCCUGGUAAAAAGCCAAACAUCCAGCUGUUUGUUCUUUCUAUCCAGUCACUAGUAAUGUGUUAGUGUGAGCCAGGUUUUUGAAUCUAGUACAUGUCUCAAAGAAGCCUCAUUUCUGAGCCUGUGUCGAUGACAAACGAGUCUCAUUUUGCAUUUUGACUAAUUUAAUUAUUCAAUAAAAACUUUCUACGUUAAUACAGCA